AUGGCUUGCUUACAAGCGUUGAUGGUGGUCACAAUGCUGAAGGUUGCGGUUCUAGUAUUCAUGGACUGUGCGGAGAGCAAGGCGAGGGUUUGUUUCUUCGGUCAACCACCGGAGCUGGAUGCAGCAGACAUGCACCAAUGGACGGCACAGUUCAUGGAGUUAGUAUGGAAAGGAUGCCCGAGACAAUGCAGUGCAUCUGGAGCAUCAAAUGAUGAUCAUUUCGCCAAAGAAGAUAGUUGUCAGCGACUGGGUCUUGAAGACGGCACCAUUCCUGAUGAGCGCAUCCGAGCAUCAAGUGAUGGUGACUUUAAUCCUGCCGCCAUGGGACGACUGAAUGGCCCGUCGAAUUGGAGUCCGACAUACUGCCUUCGUCCAACGUCCUGUUGGAUUGGGGUGGAUCUCCUCCAAACGACUAGGGUUUCUGGCGUCAUCACACAAGGAAAUAAACUGGUCUGGGCCUCACAUCUGGUGACAGAAUUCCAGGUGUCUUACAAGCCUACACCUUCAUCUAGCUACGAGUACAUCAAGGAAACCAACGGUGAUAUCAAGUUGUUUGAUGGCGGGGAUGUCAACUCUGCUUCUACCCCACACACUAACUACUUCAACCAGUCCCUCAUGGCGUCUACUGUGCGCAUUCACCCUACUGUAUACAUCGGUAAACCUGUGCUUCGGUUUGAGUUGAUUCAAUGUCCAAUGGAUUAAUUCCAUGUGGAUUGACAUUCAUUAACCUAAAAAUGAUCCCUGGUACACUGUUGUUUCCAGUGUUGGAGCAAAGGC